CCCAAGAUGGUAGCGUCCUCUCAUGCCGAUAACUUUCAAGUCUGAAAUGUAAAUUGCAGCAACUGCAUUUCCCUUUAAACUCCCCAUAUUUGCUCUUGCUCUCAUACGGGACGAAAUGAUUAUGGAAACGACGCAGCGUCUAAAAUCAGCGGCUCCGUUGCUUUCCCAGAUAACGCUACUGAAUGACUGUGGACAAAUCUCCACACAUGCUGGAAGGAACAGCAGCCAGGCCCGGCGACACUUCAAUGUCAGCGCCGCUUUGACAGCCAAGGUCCGGCCUAGGCCAAAGCCUAGGGCCAUAGUAGAAAUCCCGGGACUAGAGAGGGUGACGUACGGGGAAAGGAUGCACUAUGUGCCGGGCCUGUCAAAGCCCGUUAACCCCGAUUGGGAGAGGGGUUUUAAGGAUCCGAACCGUUAUAAGUCUCCCCCAGUGCACGAGAUGCCCUUGCAUAAAGAAAAACCGUGCUACAUUUUCAAUCAACGGACGAACGCUCUCGAAGGUGUGCGGCAGGCUCUGUGGCUGACCAAGACCAAACUGACUUCAGGUCUGCCCCCUCAGCUCCUCGCCUUGGCCCAAAAUCCCACCUAUCAGAUCCCAGAUCAGGACGAACGUGUGCAGAACGCCAUUAAACAUGCUCGGUUCUGGGACACGACAGAGGGGCGACCUAAGAAAGAGAAAUAUUGCUACACCUUACUCAAUAACCUGCUUCAUAUGUGUGGUAGUCUGCAAUCCAGUCACCCAGCUCUCAGCAAGCGGAUCCUCGCAGAGAAAUUCACGUUGGCUGCUUCAUGGAAAAGGGGAGAGGACUUGUUCCAGGUAAGAGGUAAGAAUGGUCUGUUGCUGAACAGCAUGACUCCUCUCCCCAACUUCGCUGGGAAACAGGAAGUGGCUGACACGGCAGAUCACGUUCUGGAAACAUUUUACCCUGUCUCGCCUGCCAUUGACCUGCAGAAAGUGCAUGUGUACAAGGAGGACAAUUACACAGGUUUCAGAAGUGACUAUCCUUACCCCAAUGCCCAUACACUCUUCUUCCUGGAGGCGGGAGAUGUUUCCUGUAAGCUCUAUCCAGAUCAGCUCAGGGCCAAGAUGAUCAUGUUCAGCUUUGGCAGUGCUUUGGCCCGUGCACACACACUGUAUGGGACCCAGCUGCGUGUAUUAGAUCAUCCUAUUACAGUGCAGGCAGUGGGGAACAAUGGUAGGGUGUUCCAGUUUGUUGUUUUUCAACUCAACACCACUGAUCUCCAUGAAGACAGCGGCAUCAAAAACCAGGUGUGGGUGGAUGAAGAUGUUCUGCUCUAUGACUUUGCAAAGGUCCAACCGCUCAUCAAAAAGAAGCAAGUAGUGGUACCAGCAGGCCUGUCAGGAUACAACCCUGAAACUUUCAGCAAGUUCCUGGCUCUGUACUUGAAUGGAGCUGUCUAAAGACCUACACAAGACCUGCAGAUCCAAGUGUGUGUGUGUGUGUGUGUGUGUGUGUGUGUGUGUGUGUGUGUGUGUGUGUGUGUGUGUGUGUGUGUGUGUGUGUGUGUGUGUGUGUGUGUGUGUGUGUAUGUGUGUGUGAGUGUGUGUGUGGACUCGCACACAGCGCUGUGAAGAUGAUCACAAUCUGGACAAUUUGUCAUUGGUGUGUGUUUGAGGGACAUGAAUCAACCCACCGGAUCUCAGGGCUUUUACUUUGCGCUCUGAACUUGUCUGCAGCCUGGUUCCUUCCUCGUUGAAUGUUUUGUGGAGAAUCUGGAUUUAUUCAUAGACUGACCAAAUCCACAGCUUCUCUGUUCUUGAGUAACAUCAAUUCCACUGUCUCCUCUGUUUAUUAUUAC